AUGAAGCCCACAGUGACACUAGCGCUGGAUGUGGAGACGCUAGUUGAACGCCUCUCCGAUCGGAUCGAAGAACGUGCUUCCAUCAUUACCGCGCUCUACCGGAAUAUCCAAAUUUGA